AUGUGGGCCCCAGCCCCUGAGGCCUGGCUGGGAAAUGAAGCCUUUCCCGCGGCUGUAGGAGCGCUGUGGGCAGCUAUGGCCCUGGAGGGGCGCUGUCUCCGGCGGGGAUCCCCAGCUAUGCUCAGAAAGGGUCGUCAGCGGCGUCCUACAAAGCCAACUCUGGCUCGGGUCACUUCCACUCUGCUAUCAAGGACACGCCUUCACGGCCUGAGGCAUGUUUGCGUCCCUGGUGGCUCUGUGGGCCGCAGGGCCUUCUGGCUUCUGGCCCUCUGCACCUCCGUGGGGCUGCUUAUAUCCUGGUCCUCCAACCGAUUACUGCACUGGCUCUCUUUCCCCACAUACACACGAAUCCACACAGAGUGGGCCAAAGAACUGGCCUUCCCCACGGUCACUAUCUGCAACAACAACCCCAUCCGACUCUACAAGCUCACCAAGAGCGACCUGUAUUUCGCCGGCCACUGGCUCGGCCUGCUGCUGGCUAACCGGACAGUGAGGCCCAUGGUUCUGGACUUGCUCCAAGAGGACCGUCGGGCCUGGUUCAAGAAGCUGUCGGACUUCAGGCUCUUUCUGCCACCCAGAAACUUUGAGGGAACCAACCUGGAGUUUAUGGACAGACUGAGCCACCAACUGGAUGACAUGCUCCUCUCGUGCAAAUACAGAGGAGAGCCCUGCGGCGCUCACAACUUCUCUUCUGUGUUCACCAGGUAUGGGAAGUGCUACAUGUUCAACGCUGCAGAGGAGGGGAAGACGCUCCGCACCACCAUGAAGGGUGGGACGGGAAACGGUUUGGAGAUCAUGCUGGACAUUCAGCAGGACGAGUACCUACCGGUGUGGGGGGACACAGAGGAUACAGCCUUCGAGGCAGGUGUGCGGGUGCAGAUCCACAGCCAGGCGGAGCCGCCGUUUGUUCACGAGCUGGGUUUCGGCGUGGCUCCCGGCUUCCAGACGUUUGUAGCCACGCAGGAGCAGAGGAUGACCUACCUGCCUCCCCCGUGGGGAGAGUGCGAGUGGAAGGCUCUGGAGUCGGGCUUCUUCCAGGUCUACAGUGUAACCGCCUGCAGGAUUGACUGUGAAACACGCUACAUUGUUGAGAACUGCAACUGCAGGAUGGUGCACAUGCCUGGUGAUGCUUCUUACUGCACGCCUGAGCAGUACAAAGACUGCGCUGAGCCUGCCCUUGCUAAACUGUCGGCCUUGGAGAGCAGUAACUGCAUGUGCAGGACGCCGUGCAACAUGACCCGCUACAACAAAGAGCUGUCCAUGGUCAAAAUCCCCAGCAAGACCUCGGCCCGCUACCUACAGAAGAAGUUCAACAAGUCGGAGAAGUACAUCACGGACAACAUCUUGGUGUUGGACGUGUUCUUUGAGGCUUUGAACUACGAGACUAUCGAGCAAAAGAAAGCUUACGAGGUGGCAGGCUUGCUGGGUGAUAUUGGAGGCCAGAUGGGUCUGUUCAUUGGAGCCAGCAUCCUCACCAUCCUAGAGCUGUUUGACUAUGCUUAUGAGGUGGUGAAAGACAGACUACUGGAUUUACUGAGCAGAGAGGAGGAGGAGGAGAGUCAUGGAGAGGAUGUGAGUUCCUGUGACCCGGUGGCGAACCACUCGGAGUCCAUCAGCCACACUGUGACAGUCCCCCUGCAGACGACGCUGGGCACCCUGGAGGAGAUUGCCUGCUGAGGCCCUCCCCCUCAGAGCCACACACAUCCAGAGGCUGCCUCCACUGGGUGGCGCUACAUCCUCUGUUAGGGCAUCCUGCGGGACCCUAACAGGGGAGGGGAGGACAAGAACAGGGAUUGGCCUAAAGACAGCGCUGCGCUCUGUCACACCGCCCUGUCUGAGGCACUAAUGGGGAUUAAGGAGCUGUCGGCUGGACUUAUCAGCCCUCUCUGUCACCCUGCACUGUACUGUGGUGGGAGGGAGGCCUCCGCUGUGCCAGACCUGCAGUGGGUCUGCGUCUCCACAUACACGCACACAGAAAAUCAGAGACUGGGUGGGACAACCACCCAUAAAGGGGGGCUCACCCCUGUGCAGCAUAUCUAUGUAACAAACACAUUCAUAUGUCGCUCACUGCCAAAUGAACUGUACAAACUUGGUUUCGAACUGCAUGCGUCAACCUAUCUUGCUCUCUUUGCUGAUGCAUACGCUGGACUGCAGCUUUACUGUACAUGUGUGCCAUUUGUCUCUCUCUCUCUCUCUCUCUAUCUGAAGGAGAGGCCUGUGACGAGGGCCCGGGUGAGAUAUCAAACUUCGAAUGUACAGAUUGAACGUAUGGUUGUUUAAAAUCAUAGUUCAGAUGAGACCAAUCCUUCGCAAAUCUAUUCUAAUGAGUAAUCUAUCAUUUCUAAGUUAAUUACCUUGAAGGGGAAGAUGGUUGUGGAUGUAUGAGUAUUACUGAGGAAAAAAAAAAAAAACACCUUUGUUCACUGAAAACAGUGAAAUCUGAACAUUUUGCAUAUUUUUUUCACCUGUCAGUUCCAGUUUAGUCAGUUUACUAAAAGGCAUGUUUGCGACGUGACUCCCGGGGCGUUAAGCUGUUCCCUACAGACAUCUUUAAAGGGAUGUCAUACUCGUACUGUUAAUUUAUCCGAACAAAUGACUGGCUUCUAGCUGCUGCACCUCACAACAGCACCCAGCUAAGAGGCAGAAUAUGAAUUUAUUUGCCUGCCAGACAGCAAGUCGUGUACAAAACGCUGCAAAUGUGCCCAGAGUGUUGUUGAACCAUUAUUUCAUUAAGAGAAUAUCAGGUUGAUAUUUCAGACAGCUAUUAUCACUUUAUCAAGGGUGGCAUCAUUUUGUCCUUCGCCAAAAGAAAAUGAAUCCCCAGGCUCGAUGAUUUCAAACAAUUUUCAUGAUUAUAUAAAUGAUUACAAAAGCACCGGGAGGGUUCAGACAGGAUUUGUUUUUAGGAUGCUGUGUCUGCAGUGAUAUGGUGUAAAUAACUGUGGGUUUUCUUCUCAUAAAAACGGGUACCACGCAGACAUGCCUGACGCAGAUUUAAAGUAGAAGAAUUUCAGUAAAACAUCAACUCCAAGGUCCAGAAGUGACUUGUCACAUUGUUUCCUAAAGUUACUCUCAGUAGGUGAGACUGUUACGUGACGGGCAGUAGCAUUUUGAGGGUAGCUGAAUGUCUAAAAACGAAGGACACACUUUGUUAUGAGCACCAGGCUUCCUUUCCAAUACAGGUCCAUCUGAACCUCCUCGGAAACAACAGUUGCAUAUAUACGGCUUUACACCAAAAGCUUGUGUGAGACUACGUGAAAGAUUUAGUGUAUCUGAGUCCAUGAUCAUCCUAGCUUGGUCUCUGUCAUCAUGGUAAUGUACAUUACAGGUAGGAAUGAAUUCAAGUGCUUUGUGAGACUAUUUGAAUUAUGAUUUCCCAUCUGUGGCUCAACCUGCUGUCUGUGUGUACUAUCUCAUGUUGUGGCUUCAGACGAACACAAUCCUCAGCCGACCUGAAGGGGUGCGAGACAUGACACAACGUGUCUCGCCUCUCUCGGUGGCAUCGACACUGGCUGAUUCUUCUCUCUACUUUGGCUUCAAUUGUUAUCGCAGGACAGCGUUUUCUCAUUUUGUGAUGCAGCAUACAGUGUGUGUUUUUAAUGUGAAACAAUUAAAUUAAAAAGUUGUUUUGCA